UUCAUCAGCUCAAGACUGACGUAACUAUAAGAGGGAGAAAUGAGGACAACACUCACUGUCUCUCAGCGCACACACACUUGCACACAGUCUUAACAGUUUGCAGAUAACACAGGAAACAGGUCUACGCAGAAUAUAAUCUACCUGAGUGUAAACAUUGAAUGCCGACAUAGGAAGACUGAAGCAGUGGCAACAUCUGAAUAAGGCUGGACUGCUAAAGAGCAAAGUGCACACAGGAAAGAGUUGUAAACUAGCAGAGACAGAGGAGUUGGGACAGUUGAGACAGUAUCAAUCCAAAUUUCUUCCUUCAACUUCAUCGUCCUCCUGCUUGCCCUCCAUCAUGGCUGCCAGACAGACAGUCAUGUUCCUGGCAGUGGUCUUCCCCCUGUCAGGCCUCAUUCAAGGCUUCCAACCACUCUUCUCAUUUCAUGGAAAUUCCUCCACUCACCGUGACAUUACACAAAGGGCGGUCCUCAGAAAGACAGCUGAGGUCUGCAGAGACAUUGCUGCCUCUAAAGGAUGGGACUUCAGCUUGACUAUUGAUGACAGCCUGUCAGCUGAUAAGGUGCAAAGGGCCUGUUCCUCUACAGGUACCUCCUCCUCUCUCCUCUCAACUGUCAUGUUCCAAACGUCCAUCGCUACUAUGUACUUCAGCAACGCAAAAGUGGACGUUGUUUUUGCACUGAGUGAGGAGCAUCAUUUUGAUGAUGAGACCUUCGAGAGAGGACGGGACGUCAUCACAGCAGGUGUGUCUGCCGUGAAGGCCAGUGUAAAGCUGGAGAACUUUGUCGCAGGGAGGUGGACUCUUGGACGAAUCUGUCACACCCUACAGGACUUCUACAGCCACAGUAACUGGGUGGAGCUGGGGAAAACCACACCUUACAGCACUCUAAUCACACCAGACCAACCUCUUGAGAAUCUGGCAGGACUAAGCACUCCAACCUGUAGAAACUGUACAGGAGGGAACUGUGACAACAACCUUCUGCCUGACUUGCUGCAGCAGGGGCUUCUCACUUCAGGCUACUUCAACAUCUUCUCCUCAGCAAAACCUGCAGGUAAAUGCAGCCACGGUGGAACAUUUGACCGCACAAGCAGACAGGAGCCAGUGGGAGGCAUCAGUAAGGACGACGUUGGGUCCAGUCAUGGCUCACUUCACCACAAAGCAGCUGAUUUGGCUGUGAAUGCCACUAUGGAGCUACUGGAGGACAUCAGAGUAGCUGUCGGAGACAAGAACUUCCUGCGAUUGAUAGGCCUCUCCCAGUCCUCUGUGCUGUGUUUUGUCAUUGACACCACAGGCAGCAUGAGCGAUGACAUAGCCGAGGCAAAAAGAGUUUCCUUCAACAUCAUUGACAGUAAGAGGGGAACCCAGCAGGAGCCCUACGCUUACAUAUUGGUACCUUUCAAUGACCCAGGUUUUGGACCUCUGAUGAUAACAACCAAUGCAGACGUCUUCAAAGACAGCAUCAACAAGCUGACGGCAAGUGGAGGAGGAGACAUCCCAGAGUUGUGCUUGUCUGGACUGCAGCUUGCCCUGACUGCUGCUCCACAAUCGUCUGAGAUCUUUGUGUUCACUGACGCUCCAGCUAAAGAUGCUCAUCUGAAAAGCACCAUCACUGCCCUUAUAGAGAGCACCAAGUCUGUGGUAACUUUCAUGUUGACAGAAGUCCUGGCCAGUCGACGGCGCCGCAGAAGCCCUCAGGGCGUAAGUUCACGUGCAAUGAGCCAAUCAGAUGCUCAGCUGUACCGUGACCUAGCCCAAGCCUCUGGAGGCCAGGCCAUUGAGGUCACCAAGUCAAGCCUUUCUCUGGCCACAGCUGUUAUAGAGGAUUCAUCAGCCAGUGCUGUGGUGACACUUUUUCAGGUAGUGAGGAAUCCUGGAAGGCCUGAUCAUUUUACCUUUACUGUUGAUGGAUCACUAAGGAAUAUUACUGCCUACAUCACAGGAGCCUCAUCUCUCACCUUUAAUCUCACCAGCUCCACAGGUGUCUCUCAGAGUUCCAGCCAAUCCAGUGGUCCUCUAGCAUCCUUCACCACAGUGGGAAACCUACAUCGUAUAAGCCUUAAUACUGACAACCAAACAGGAUCAUGGAAAAUCAGUGUUAACUCUAACAAUUUCUACUCCGUUAAGGUUACAGGUCAAAGUUCAGUGAACUUCAUUUAUAACCUUGUGGAAGCUCACGAGGGAGCCCACGGGGACUUCAGUCUGAAGGAGGGACGUCCGCUUUCAGGUGGUAAUGCCAGCCUCUUGGUUACUGUGACAGGAAGUGACACGGUUAAGGUCACAGAGGUCACUCUGUGUGACAGCUCAGGGCCAACAGAGGUCAACGGAUCACUGCAGUCGGUGGGAAGUGGUAACUUCCUGGUGACAUUCAGUGGAGUCCCAGCAGGUGACUUUGUGCUUCGCCUGAGAGGAGAGGACAGUAGCUCCACCUCCAGGUCAACACCGAGCAGCUUCCAGAGACAAGCCUCCACACAGAUCAAGACCUCCAGCAUCUCUGUGACUGCCCAAGCCAACAACACCAACAUAGAACCAGGCUCCACCAUCUCCAUUCCUUUCACAGUCGCCACAACCGCCAACGGAGUUAUUAACGACUCUGCAACCGGGACAUUCACAGUGCGAGCCAACAAUGAUCGCAGCUAUACUUUGACUUCACCCAGCAGCGUCACCAUAGCGGCGGGCAGUGGAGGCAAAGCCAACGGCACCGUGACCUUAACAGCACCAGCCAGUGCUGCAUCAGGAACAGACGUGACCCUUACCAUUGAGGCAGAAAAUGCAGCUGCGACUGACAUCAACUACGCUGUACUCAGGUUGUCUGUGGCUGCCAAGGUGACAGAUAUUACCCGCCCAGUGUGCCGGGUAGUCAGUUCAUCCACCAACUGUCCAUCCUCUUCAUCGCUCUGUGCUUCCUCCCAGUGGAAAUUUAUCGCUAAUCUCACCGAUGGCAUCAAUGGAACUGGUAUUGAGAGCGUCACUAUCCGCCAAGGGAACGGAACCCUCAAUACCAGCACAGUGGCUGGAGCAGGGGGUGAGAACAUUACAGUGGCACACUACAGCAGCUCCUGCUGUUCACAGAAUGUAGAGCUGGCUGCUGUGGACAGAGUAGGAAAUGUUGGGACAUGUGUCGGACAGGCUAGAGAAUCUACUACGGCUGCCCCUACGACUAUAGCUGCAGUUAACACAACAUCCACUGGAGGGCACACUUUGAUCAUAUCACAAUGUCUCUGGAUCAGUGUUGUGGUUUCUGUCCUUUGGAAGUAAAAGAGAUAAAUGGAAAUUACACUGUAAAAGUGGAAUUUCUUACAUGAAUCAAGUGUCCCCUCAGUCUUUUACAGCUCUGAUGUGUUUAAAAUACCACUGCUUGAAAAAAAGUAUUUUUUUUCUUUCCAUUUAUAUGAAAUCAUUGUUGCUGACAUAUCUUUAAUUAACUAAUACUCAUUUCUUGAUCUAAAAAUAAUAUUCUAUUUCAUUUUAUUUUAUUUUGCUGGUUUGUGUUUAGGAUACAUGAAAUAAAUGAAGCGUCACUGA